AAUUUAGGCUCCAAUUUGUAAAACCCUAGGUUUUUCUCCCUCACUCUCGCUCGCUUCCUUUCUUCUUGCCGGAGUUCUUACUGAAGGAAACCCUAGGUCGCAUCUCAGUCGAGGGUCUUGACAUUCUGGCACAAUGUCGAUGUCUAAGAGUUCGAAGAUGCUCCAGUAUAUUAAUUAUCGGAUGAGGGUCACCAUUCAAGAUGGUCGCCAAUUGGUCGGCAAGUUCAUGGCCUUCGAUCGGCACAUGAACCUCGUCCUCGGCGACUGCGAGGAGUUCCGCAAGCUGCCUCCGGCUAAGGGUAAAAAGACCAACGAAGAACGCGACGAGCGUCGUACCCUUGGGCUUGUUCUUCUCCGUGGCGAAGAGGUCAUUUCCAUGACAGUGGAGGGUCCACCGCCUGCUGAAGAGUCCCGUGCUAAGGCUGUCAAUGCUGCGGCUAUGGCUGGGCCUGGUAUUGGCCGUGCCGCUGGUAGGGGUAUCCCGACUGCUCCUCUGGUUCAGGCGCAGCCUGGUCUUGCUGGGCCAGUUCGUGGAGUGGGUGGACCCGCUCCGGGGAUGAUGCAGCCUCAAAUCUCUCGCCCGCCAGUACCUCAGCUGUCCGCUCCGCCGAUGACAUAUCCGGCUGCCCCCGUUAUCCGUCCACCUGGUCAGAUGCCGAUGUUUCCUGGGCAAGCUCCACCUCCCGUCGGGAGAGGUAUGCCUCCUCCGGUGCCUCCACCCCAAUUCUCUGCAGCGAGACCAGGGGGUGCCCCACCACAACCUUUCCCGGUUCCUCCUCAAUUUGCGCAGAGACCCAUGGGACCUCCACCAACCGGGCAGGUGAUGAGGGGACCGCCACCACCACCCAGGCCUGGAAUGCCAGCUCCCCCGCCUCGACCUGGGAUGCCUCCUCCGCCCGGUGGCGCUGUUCCUGUUUACGGACCACCCCGUCCUGGCAUGCCGCCUCCGCCCAAUCCUCAGAAUCAGCAGCAAAAUCAACAGCAAUAGUGUAGACAUAUUACAUGGAUGAUCUGUGGAGGCUUCGGUGGAUAUUAUCUUUUGUUGCUUCAACCUAAGGUUCACUUGCCAGGGCCUACAGCUUGGUUCAUCUCCCUGGCCUGAUCUCUCUUCGUAUUUGUGUUGAUGCUGUUGUAGGAUUCGACAAUGUACUUUUAUUAGCAAAUUGUGGUCCUGGUUUUGCAAUUUAACCGUUAGAUAUACUUCAAAUGCAGGAUUUUAAUGUGAAUUGCCAAUUCCUGAUCGCCAUUUCUCUAGGUAGAUUCGCUUGCCCCUUUCACUUUUUAAUCCGUGUUAGGCACUAUAUAGGAUUACUUAAGGACCUCAAGUCUGAGUAGUACGAACUGAAGGUUCUGUAUUUUGGAACCUCUCCUGUUAAAAUGAGAAAAUCUAUAUAUUUUUGUGUGCA